AUGCAAAAACUAAAUUAAACACCACUUAAUUACUUACAAAGUGACGGAGAUAUAUAUCCAGUUCCAGAAACUUUAGAAGCAGAUAUCGGUAGCUAUAUAUUAUCUCCCUAAACAACUAUUCCAUCACUAAGAAAGGCAUCUUUUCAAAGUCCUUAUAAAUAAAGAAAAUCUCAAUAAAUAUUAGAAUUUACAGACUAACUCUAUAUUUGGAAUAAGUAUCUUACCAGAAAAUACUCCAAAUCAUCCUAUAAACUUGAUUGA